ACAAAAUCUACUUGCUUUUGGCCCGUUUCCGCUUCUCCCUUUGCUUCAGCUUCACCCAGCCAUUCUCUUUCUGUCUGUACUGUUUGUUAUCCAUACCAUUCAACAUUUUUAUGAUAUUCUUUUCUCUCUUUCUGCCCCUUUUUCUUCAUGUAAUGGAAUCCAUGUCAGUUAACAAAUGCCUGGAAACAACAACCCACUCGCCUUAUGCUCAACUUGUCUCUUUCAAACAGUGAAAAAGAAGCUCCGUUGACUGUGUUUGAGAAGCUUUUAAGUGAGUCAAAAGAGUUAAUCUAACUGUACAACUGAGAGAUUUUAUGGACUGGAACUUGAAAGCAACUUCUUGGGAUUUUACUGAAUUUGAGCAACAAGCUAUUCCCAAUGUAGAUGUGGUUGGUGGGUCAAGUAGCUUUGGAGGAAGUGGGAGUAAAGGGAAAUUUUCGGUUGAUUUGAAGCUUGGGCAGGUUGAUUCUGGCGAUAAUUCAUCGAGUAAGUGGAAAGAACCUGUAGUCUCAAAAAUGGAGUCUUCACCUUCAGGGUCAACCAAGAGGGCCAGAGCAGCUACUAAUGGAAGUCAAACAGUCUCAUGUCUUGUUGACGGAUGCAGCUCAGACCUCAGUAAUUGUAGAGACUACCACAGGCGCCACAAGGUGUGUGAGCUGCACUCGAAGACUCCACAAGUUAUGAUUUGUGGCCAGAAGCAACGCUUCUGUCAGCAAUGCAGCAGAUUUCAUUCCCUGGAGGAAUUUGAUGAAGGAAAGAGAAGCUGCAGGAAACGUCUUGAUGGGCACAACCGGAGAAGGCGGAAGCCUCAGCCAGAUCCCCUGUCACGGUCUGGGAGGUACUCGACCAGUUACCUAGGUACCCAAUUGAUGCCAUUACCUGGUCAUAUAUAUCCGUCCACAACUGUUGUGAAUCCCCCAUGGGCAGGAGUUGUGAAUGCUGAGGGAGAUGGUAUGCACUAUAACCAGCACCAACAUCUACAAUUGCAUGACAAACAGAAUCUAUUUCUGGGAUCCUCUUCAGGCGGCUACAAAGGAGGGAAGCAAUUCACAUUCUUGCAGCAAGGCGAGCAGACAUCUCAGGAAGCACCUCUGUGUCAACCUCUUCUCAGGAAUACUGCCUUAUCAGAAAGAAGUGGGGGUAGCCAUAACUUGUUCCGAGACAGGUUUACCACUCAAGACUCGGAUUGUGCUCUCUCUCUUCUGUCAGCACCACAUACACAGUCAUCUGGGAUUAGUUUGAGUCAAAUGGUGGAACCUCUGGGGCAGUCUUUAGGCCCUAGCCUUCAUAAUCACAGCUUGGAGCCCAUGGAAUCAGUUCUAGUGUCUAAUGGCAGAAACGGUAAUGUUGAUUGCCCAGGAAUGUUUCACAUGGGAUCAGAUGGGUCCUCAGCUGAUGAAGCUCCUCAAACAAUUCCCUUUCAAUGGGAGUAGUAAGUUACUAGAAGCUUGUUAUCUUAUAAUAAUUUUGGAUUUACCAGCAUAUUGAAGUUUUUCUUUUCUUAUGCACAAUGAACAUGGUUCCAGUGUUCUUCAGUAAUUUCAUUAUGAUGUGGAAGAAAAUUAUAUCAAUUUAUUUCUUUUA